CAUGUGUAAACUGUGUUGCAGUUAUGCAGCAGGAGAGUGUACAAGAUGGACAAGAUGCACCUCCAUCCGAUGUUGUAAAACUGUGUGAGGAGACAUUUCAAAAGACAGCAGAAUAUCUCAGAGGUGAAUUAGAAGGAACUGUGGAAGACUACAAGCUCCUGGAAAAGAUGAACAAAGUUACCAUCUGCAAAUAUUCAGAAAUGAAAAACAUUGCUGUCAGCAUUGGCUCAUCACUUACAGAGCUGAAUGACAAAUACAAAAGUCUUCAGCCCUACCUUGACCAGGUGGAUGAGAUUGAGGAAAGUGUUGUGGCUCUGGAACAGGCAGCAUACAACCUUGACCAGUAUUCCAAGAGAUUAGAGGAGAAGUUCAAGGCCUUGGAAAAAAGGUGAUUAAGAGUCAUCUGGAGCAGGACUGGCACUGUCUGACUGUCAUGCAGUUUGGGACCAUGGUACCAUAGCAAGGGAGUUAACCAUGGAGAUAUUCUGCUUUGCUGACCACAAGAUAAACAUGUGAUAGAGUGAAUUUGUGAUUUCAUGACGUUGGAUGUUGCUUAAUGAUAUAAACAUUUUUCUUACUUGCAAAGGGGAGAAGAUAUUGUGAAUUCAGUAGGAGUAGUAGCUUGUGAUUUGAAACUGUUAGUUGUUGCGUUGUACUGAAUGAGGUGAUAGAGAGAAGAAAUGCUGUCAACAACUUAAAUCAUGUUUAUAUGUACAUUUACUGUGUGUUUUUCAUUGUAGGAACAAGGUACAUUUUGUAUUUCUUCAUGAAUACAUGAAAAGUAUAUAUUUGUUUUCUAGAAAAACAAUUUGUUUUCAUCGAAGAAUGAUUUAUCUCAACAGUGUGUCUACACUUACUAAAGCAAUUCAAACAAAGUUCUAUUGAACCAUUUCAAUACAAGAAAUUUC